UCAUCACAACCACCAGAUUCAAACCACAGAGGAAAGAGUUAUCGGAACUGUGGCCUGGAUGAUCAUUUUUGGUGAUGGCUUACAUAACUUUAUAGAUGGACUUUCUAUUGGAGCAGCUUUUACUAGUAGCAUCCUUUCAGGGAUAAGUAUAUCUUUAGCUGUGUUCUGUGAAGAGUUGCCACAUGAAUUAGGGGACUUUGCUGUUUUACUGAGUGCAGGAAUGACCAUUCGUGAGGCUGUGAUUUAUAAUUUUCUGUCUGCAUGCACCUGUUACGUUGGACUUGUGGUUGGAAUUUUACUAGGUGAUUUCACAGAAGGAACACCACACAUCUUUGCUCUUGCUGGUGGAAUGUUUUUAUACAUCUCUCUGGUGGACAUGAUGGGUGAGUUGAAUGAGGCCAUGGAAAAGGUCGAAAAGGAUGGUGUAAAAGCGUCUCUUAAAAUCUUCCUUUUUCAGAACAUCGGAAUUUUGAUAGGAGUGCUAAUUCUCUUCAUUUUGGCCCUGUAUAGUGAAAGAAUAACUUUUGAUUAUCUAGAAUAACUUCUGUCUCGAAGAUUUGUAAGAAUGUUUUAUUCUGUGAAGUGGUUAUUAGUUUUUAGUAUGUAAGUUUGAUAAUAACAGGCUUUGUACUUUCUGUGUCUACUUCAUACAACAGUUAUAGAGUCUAGGAAAUAAGACAAAAAAUUUAUGAGAUUUGUGGAGAAAAUGUGCUAAAAAGUCACGGAGUAUUUGUGAUGAUUAGUCUGAAGAGAUAAUUAUUAUCUAAAUAAUCUAUUUUUUACAUGAAGGGCAGGUUAUAAGAAGACUUUUAGCAAAUUUUGCGAUAUCGGACUCCGAAACUGCUUACUGCAUAGAUCAUAUUAUCCGUGUUGUUUUUUUUAAAUCUUUAACAAGUUUAAAAGUUUUAAGUCUGUGUAGCGUUGAUUUUCAUAUGUGUACGCUAUAAAAGAAAAGAUAAGCAUGAAACUGGAAAAAUACGUUAUGUUUAACUAAACGUGACUUGAUUUUACACACAAUAACACAAGAAAAAUGAACUGUCAAUGAUAGUAAAUGAAUGAGAGAAUAUAUUUUUGAUGAUUCUUUCUCACACCAUGCUCAUUUUAGUGACGACUGAUUUUUGUAACACUGUUAACGAAGAUAGGAUGACGUCAUGUUGUUGUAGUAUUGACGAGAGUAUUGCUUCUAGUUCUAACUAAAACCGGACACGUUUUACGUGCUUUUUAAUUCGAAUUAAAUUAGCAAUGGGCUUUUAUAAUAAGCUCAACAACAGAAAACACACUCGACUGUUAGAUCGCUCUAUAAAACGAGUCCUUUGAUAUUUUUAUUUUCAAGUAAGCACGAGCACGUGAUACAUUUCCUUAACAAAUUACAACAGAAAAGAUUCUACGUAAAAAUGAAUAGUUAUUUGUUUAAUAUCUAUGGGUUUUGUGUCCGUUUUGUUUUACCAUAUAGUAACCUAAAUUAAUUUAGAUAUGUGAAUAAUGUUAUGGCAUUUCGUCGAAUUCAUUAUUCAAAAUUAUACAGUGGACCAACUGUUUAUCUACAGUUAGUUGUUUAGUUGGCGAUAAUCGAUACGGGGGUGGUUUGUGUACUUCCAUUUAUUUAUUCAUUUUGAGUCUAGGAAACAAUCCGUCUUCCAGUAAUUAAAGGAAAAAUAUUGUGUUUAUAUAUACUUCUUUGAUUUUCAAUGUUUACGUUUUUAGGAAACCUGUAAUGUGUUUUUAUGUUGAUUUGGUGGGUAGACAAGUGAAAGGAAAUCACAGUAACUCUCUCAUUUUCCUGAUAUUUCAUUAUUUAGUUCUACAUUUCGCCACUGUUAAAAAUGUAUAUUUUGUUAAUAAAGGUGAUCAGGUUUUAUAUCCUCCUUAUAUAUACUGUUGCGUGUGCUCCAAGCUAUGUUAUAUGUUUCCACAGAGUCUAAUAAUAUGCCUAAAGAUGAUUAAUGGAUGCAAUAAUGUAUUUAUAUAAUCUAAAUCUUACCACAGAAAUCCGUCCAACUUUUUAAUUGGAAUUCGUUUAGGAGACCUUAGCAUCUUCUUCGUAGAAUAAAUGCUUUGACGCCCAAAUAACAUCGUUGUAUAAAUAACGUCACAUGGACAUGAAGCUCAAAGAAAGUAGACCAUACCAACCCAAACAAUAGUAACGAAGUAAUAUUAUAGCAACCUAAAGAAAAGCAACAAAACUGAACAACAUUAUCUGUAUUUUUGGCAGAGCUACUAAGGCUGUCUACCGUUGUCACUAAUUUGCAACUACUGACAGUCAGCAGUACCCUACCAACCGUUAUCCACGCUAAGGAAUUGACUGUCACUCUUAUAAUGCGCCCACAACUUAUAGUGCGAGUAAUAUUUGGUAAUAUCGCACUUAUUCGAGCCUGACUCGCCAGCUGCGAAAUCCUGACCUCUACCACAGAGCCAACUCACGAGCUAAACAACAACAACUAAGUAACAUUGUGUCCGACGUAAGUCGCCAAAUCGUAAAAAAAAAAAGGUUAUAUCAGUCUAAAUGCUGUCACCACAAAAACGCACAGUGUAGACCUAUACAGCACUGCUUCAAACCGUUGCUAUAUUUCGAACUAAACAUUUUUAUCGCUCGCAGAAUCUCUAACUUUAUAUCGACCUGAAAUACUUCAUUACAUCAAAACCUACUACAUUAUGAAUGAUUUGUUUCUUCUUUUGCUCUAAUUCAGUUCUACGUUGAAAAAUUAUAGAAAAAUUCGCUCAACGUAUUCAUUCACAAUGAUUUUCGAAAGUCAAUAAAAUCAUUUGAAUACAUUUCUACCCAUCUUUGAGGAAAGAGUUUUUUUGUUAAAUUUCAUUUAGUUUCAAUGAUAAUUGUUUAGAA